GGAGUAAGGCCUUCUUUUCUUGCGAGCCCAUUAAGGCUGACCAAUUGAGCAUGAGACAAUAUAAAUUCUUUCUAAGCUGACCAUGUUCCAUAAAUACUGCUCUCGUAUGUGCUCACAGACUUGACACCUCUCCAGCGAACGCAUCGGAUUUACUUCCUCGCCGUCCACACCACUUUAUUUGCGCACCAUUCUGACAACAGAUGUACUCCAGUCGAGCAGCAUUUCAGUCGUCGUGGCUGCACGUGCAGCGCCCAGCCAUGACCACACUGAAGAAUCUCUCAGCAAGACCUCCCACCGCUUCCAUAAUUCGUCCCACUACGAUUGUCGUUUACCAACAGUCGAGUCCCUCGAGACAGUUCCAUACCACACCCCGAAACCAGAUAAAGGAGUUCUUCCCGGCUCCGGAUGCGCCCAACAUCAGGAAGACAUCCGCAGCAUGGCCUCACCCCGUAUACACCGAAGAGCAGAUGAACAGCGUCCAGAUUCACCACCGCGAGGUGCGUGACUGGCGAGAUAGAGUUGCCUUGGCCACGGUGCGUCUUCUGAGAUGGGGCCUGGAUUUCGCAAGCGGCUACAGGCACAACAAAGCCAAGGAGUUGAGCGAGAAGGACCCCGUAGAAGCGGCUCGUAAAUAUGGCAUGACGGAGAAAAAGUACCUUACCAGAAACAUAUUCCUCGAGAGCGUCGCAGGCGUGCCGGGCAUGGUCGCAGGUAUGCUAAGGCACUUGCACAGCAUGAGACGGAUGAAGCGCGACAAUGGCUGGAUUGAGACGCUGCUGGAGGAAAGCUACAACGAGAGAAUGCAUCUCUUGAUCUUCCUCAAGAUGGGUGAGCCUGGUUGGUUCAUGAGACUCAUGGUUCUCGGUGCCCAGGGCGUCUUCUUCAACUCGAUGUUUAUUGCUUACCUGAUCAGCCCAAAGAUAUGCCACCGUUUCGUCGGAUACCUCGAGGAGGAGGCCGUCAUCACCUACACUCGCGAGAUUGAGGAUAUCGACAGCGGGAAGUUGCCGCUGUGGGCAAAGGCUUCGGCUCCACAAAUAGCCAUUGAUUAUUACAAGAUGCCGGAGGGUAAGCAGACAAUGCGGGAUCUGCUGUUACAUGUGCGCGCCGACGAAGCGAAGCACAGAGAAGUGAACCACACACUUGGCAACUUGGACCAGAACAAUGAUCCAAAUCCAUACACCAGUACGUUCAAGGACGACAACAGACCGCACCCAACAAAGGACUUGCGCUUCCUGAAGCCAGCGGGCUGGGAACGAGACGAGGCCAUUUAGCUCGAGUUUUUCCGUGCUAUGAUUACGGGGCAUAUUUCGAUUUGAGUAUUUCAAGCUGGCGUUUACGGCGAAAAACACGUCUCCGUCCGGACGGUUGUAAUAUCUUGGCAUCUUAGUCAUAGGGUUGUGGGGGGAAGGAUCAUCCUAAAAAAUUCUACUUGGAAUAAGCGAAGAGUCGCUGAAGUUUAUUUAAACGCUUGUGGAGCAAGUGGUCGUAAAUAAGGCCAAAAAUAUUCUUAGUUCAUCACAUUCUUCUCUCUGCUAAUUCAAUUCUGUUCCAUGGACUGGAGCACUUGCAGAUAGCUGCCCCAUACAUACGGUGAUAUGCCUGACACGUCAUCUGUCCCCCAAGGGUUGCGUCUUCACCCAUCGUGCUAGAUUGUUUCGUGGAUGCUACUACAUGAUGGAAUGAAUGAUCUGGGCCGGUUACGGCAGCACCUGUCAGGCGUGUUGUUCUUCUGCUGCAAUCAUCGACUGCAAA